CUUCAUGGAGCGGAGCUGCUUGAUAAGUUAACACCUCUAGCUUAAAGUAAACUCAAACUCCGACAGCGCUAACUCUUCUAGCAUUAGUAUGGUUAUCUAGUUAGAAGUUAGAGAAUGACAAACUAAUUGGUUAGUGCGUGAAUCCUCAGGGGAGACUGAGUCCGAGAAGUUCACAGUUCAUGUUUACAGUUCCAGCAGCUCGACAUGGAGGAGUCGGACACCGCAGCCAUUCUUCCCGCUGAUGUCCUCAACUCUACAUCCGAAGCGGAGGAAGCUGACGUACCAACCACCGCCGGGAGCUGCGACCCCCGUCCCCGGUUCUCAUGGCCGCGGCUGCCGCCGGUGUCCGUGGAGCCGGUGCUGUUCCUGUCCAUGUUCUCUCUGGCCCUGCAGGCGCCUCUGUCCACUCAGUAUCUGUGGGACCGACUCAGCGAGGACCUCGGCUACAACGGCUCCAAGAGGUCGGAGUGCACCAACGGCUCCGUGCCCCCCGACCCCCUGCAGAAGGAGGUGGAAACCCUAACAGCCCAUUGGAACCUGUACAUCAGUCUGGCAGGCUUGUCCGUAGGCCUGUUGGUGGUGCCUCUCCUGGGCUCAUGGAGUGACCUCGCGGGUCGCAGGCCAGUCCUCAUCCUCCCUAACCUUGGCCUGGCACUGCAGGCGUUAGUUUACCUCAUAGUGAUGUACCUGAAGCUGCCGGUGGUCUAUUUUCUACUGGGCAGAAUGCUGAGUGGCCUUUCAGGGGAUUUCAAUGCCAUCCUGGCAGGCUGCUUUGCAUAUGUGGCUGAUACCAGUGACAGGAGGUCCCGCACCUUCAGGGUGGCCGUGCUGGAGGCCUGUCUGGGUCUGUCAGGGAUGCUGGCCAGCAUUAUCGGGGGGCAGUGGCGGCGUGCACAAGGAUACAUCAACCCAUUUUGGCUGGCCUUGGCCACCAACUUGGCCUCAGCUCUGUACGCCUACCUGUUUGUCCGAGAGUCUGUCCUGCCCGACCCAAGUGCGAAGCUCCUCACCCCUCGCCACCACAAGGCUGUCUGGCGCCUCUACUCAUCAGGAGGGAGGAGCAGUGAGGAUGGUGGAGGGUUUCAUAGAUACAAGCUAUGGUUUUACACACUCAGCUUCUUCCUGGUGGUGAUGGUACAUUCCGGCUGCAGGGAGCUGUAUGUGCUGUACGAGUUAAGCUCGCCGCUGUGCUGGGGUCCCGCCCUCAUUGGCUACGGGUCAGCAGCUCAGCACCUGGCCUACCUGAGCAGUCUGCUGGGGCUGAAGAUCAUGCAGCGCUGCCUGGAGGACUCCUGGGUGGCUCUUGUGGGUCUGGCCUCCAACAUUACAGGGCUAGUGGUGUUCUCUGUAGCUGACACCAUUCAACUCAUGUUCACAGGUUAUGGCCUGUGUUUCCUCUUCAUGGCCGUGACACCUGUUCUCAGGUCGAAGCUGUCAAAGUUGGUGGACCCAUCAGAGCAAGGUGCCCUGUUUGCCUCUGUUGCCUGUGUGGAGAGCUUAUGUUUUUUGGUGGGUAGUGGAGUCUUCAACUCACUGUACCCAGCCACCCUGCACUUUAUGAAGGGCUUCUCCUUCCUUUUUGCUGCCAUCAUCCUCAUCAUGCCCGCUGGAAUAAUAGGGACUCUGCAAUGUUUAGACCAGAGGAGAGCCCCCAGAGAAUCCACAGUAUCCUGACCUGAAAAGAUGCAGCGGAUGGAACCUGUCAUGUGGUUUAAGUUCCUCCUGGUGUCGGUGUGUGUCCGCUGAGCAGCUCUGGCACAGAGACAUCCAUCAUGUCCGUCUGUGAUCCUCAGGGAAACGAUUUUAAGAGUGUUUAGUCACAUCAAGUGAUAAAGAGCAGAGGAAGAAGAAUCAAACUUCUGUCUGACUUCGCUGACAAUGUCUUAAUGAUAAGAUGUUGGACACUGGAGUUCUUUUUUACAUUUGCGGGUCCCAAAAUCUCAAAUUUGUACUCAGGUUGCGGUGUAAUGAAGAAGAUUUUAUUCAUGCUUUUUUUUUUGUGACUUGACACGUUUUCAGUAUCAAUGCAAUGAGUGCCAAAGAAUUUUCGGCACAUUUCCAUGUUUUGUAUAUGGACUUCAAUAGCUUGAAUUGUAUGCAGCAGAGGAGAGUGCUAGGGGAAGGUAAAGUGCAAGAGGACUCCGACUAACAGUACGUUUUCAAUUAUGUCAUAAAGCAGACUCAAACCACACUAACCUCUUUUGGCACCUACACAAGAAUUAUAUCAAACAGUACAGAGAUGAAUUAGUGCCAUAAAAGAAAACGCAGACACAGAUGUUGUAAAAGACUUUUAUCUGAAACAGAACAUAUAAAGAAUCAUGAAGAAGGAAGGAGAUAAUUGCUGCUGUUGUUACCGAACAUCUGCAAAGACAUUUACAUAGUCAAUAAAAGAUACGAUUGGCAGUUAACGAAGAGUGAUGUGUAUCGUUAUCUGGAUAUGAAAUGAGGAUAUGAGAUUGGUCACACACUUUUUGUUCCUUCUGGGAAAGCUCUUCACCCAGGUUAUCUUACACAUCUAAUUGUUUCCUGUAUGCCUUUUUUUCACACCAAUAUCCUGUCAAUUAACUUCUUACAGAUCAUUUUUUGCUGAUUCUUCACUUAUUACAAAUCAGAAGGGUUCUUUGGACACAUAUCAUCUGCUUUGAGUGAAAACACUGCAUUCUCCGAAACUGGGGACUAGUCAGCAGUAUAUAAAGUGGUUAAAUUGAGCUCCACCUGCAUCACUUAUUAUAGUCAGAUAAUAUACCAUUCAUUAGUCUUGGUACUUGAUGUAUGAUUAUAUUACUUUGGUACUUUUGAUUGCAAGAUUUUAUUCACAACAGAGAAUUUGUACAAACAUAUCCAACCGCAACUACGAUUAAAACUGCAGCAGCAGCCUGGGAUUACUGAGUUACACCUUGACCCUCCUCCCUCCCUCCCUCCUUUCCCCAUAAAGCGGAGUGCACAGUCCAAACUCCCUGACCAACACUGGAUAGUCCCAGAGCUCAGGCCCAUGGCACAACAUGCGCACAGGGGUCACAACAAGGUUCCACAUUGAGGGAACAAGAGCUGCCAAACAGCUUUAAAAUGCACAAAGGGAAGUCAUAAUGUUAAGUGAAGCAUUAACCGGACGACUGUGAAUUGAUCUGCAUGAAGAUUGUUUUUGACACGGGGCAGCAGUUUGGUCGGAUCAUGUGAUCAAAGCCAUUCUUCAGACAAACUGAGCGACAAAACUGACCAAUGAGGCUGUUUGUACUUCAUCAUAAUCAAUAUGUGCAGUAUUCAUUUUAUUUAUUGGAAUAGAAGUGUUUUGUUUAUUUUGCGAUUAAGAUUAUGACAGCUGUUCACAUUUCACAUGUAUGUAAGUGAAAGAUCUUUUCACUGUUUUUAACACAUUUUAUUGGUUUUCAUGUUUCAAAUAAAGGGACCAAAUCACA